AUGUGGCGGUUCCGUCCAGAUGAAGGAGGGAACAGCCCGGCAAGAGCAAACCAGCGCACGGCCCAGCCUCUGCGGCCAAUCUGGGGCAGGGUCCCGGAGGUCAAGGCAGAGGAGCCAGGCCCCCCGGCCUCCCCCGGCAGGGCUCGCCCGGCAAGGCUCCCGAGCGCGGAGCGGCCCCCGGGCGGCAGUGGCUCUGACAACGGGACCCCACGAUGCGGGGGGCGGGGGGCAGGCCCCACCCCGGCGGACGCGGACCCCACCCGGAUGCCAGCUCGCCGCGCAGCAGGCCAGGGGCGCGCGUGCAGACCAGAAAGCGAGGGAGGGCCCGGCGCACGCGGCCGCGUGGCCCCGACUCCGGGCGUCCGCCCGCCCACGGCGGCCCGCAGCCUCGGCUCCCUCGGGGCAGCGCGGCCCACGGGGCCCGGAGGGCGACGGCGGGCGGCCCGGCGAGGCCCCUCCGCGCCGGAGCGCAGCGCUGCAGCGCCCUUUAUUCCCGGGGACCCGCCUGCACGGACCGCGGAGCGCGGGGGGCGGCGGGCCCGGGCGUCCGGGGGAGGGGGGUGUCCGCAGGGCGGGGGGAGGCCACGCCUGGAGGAAGGCGACCCGGGGCCGCUCCCCACGGCGCCUCCCCUCCCGCCGCGCGAGGAAAGCGUCCGCGCGGCCAAGGCGCGGGGAGGAGGCCGGGCGGGAGAGCGAAGGCCCCGGCGCCCCCCGCCCCCACCCCCGGCGCCCGGCCGCGGCGCGAACACGCGGGGGGCGCCCACGCAGAGCGCGCCGCCGCCGCCCGCCGCAGACGCAGGGCCCGGGCGACCCCCGCGCCGCGCGCCCCCCGCCCCCCGCUCGGCCGGGCGCCCCUCCCCCGCCGCUGCGCCUCCCCAGCCGGGCGCCCCUCCCCCGCUCCCGGCCACAAGGCUCCCCUCGCCUGCUUCCGGGUCCGGCCCCCGCCUCCCCUGCCCUCGAGCUCCGCCGCGCCUGCCCGCGCCGCUCCCUGGUCCUGCCUGGCCCCCGCCCGCGCAGGCCUCCUGCCGCCUCCGCCCCCGGACGAGGCUGCGCUGUGCAGACCCCGAGGUUGGGGGUGGCCGCUCGGCCGGCCGCCCUCCAGGUGGGACUGAGCGCCGCCCCGCGGCUCGCAGGACCCCCGCCCCCGCCCCCGCCCCGCGCGGCACCCUCCGCGCCUGCGCCCAAGAAAGCGGCGCCUCCUGCGUCUCCCGGCCUAGCAGGCGGGUGAGCGGGAAGUUCCAUCUUCUCUUUGACCCAACGGCCCGGAGGACCACCGCCCAGAGAAAGCGCUAUGCCCCCUGGGGGGGGACAUCGUCACCCCAGGAUGCACAGCCGCCACCGCCCUGGUGGCCCCACAGCGCGGCUGCUCCUCCUGCCGCGUCCCACAAAGGGCGCCCAGGGCUGGGGAAGCGCACGGCGUGCUGCCCGCGUCCCUCUCCGCAGCCGGACCCGCGUCGGCACCACGCUGCUCUCCGCGCAAAGCCUGCGAGCCUCCUGGCGUGGCCCACCUGA